GCUCUUGUGCAGACGCACGCAACUCUGCGCAACAACAACAUCUUCCUCGCAGCUGUUCUCUUAAACAGCAGAUCAUCUUCCGAGCGCUCAGAAGUACCAGCGGGUGGCUAUUGAGUUCUGGAAAAUGGCACCUUUCACCUCCCCGAGCAUUGUUCUCACCGGGUUCAAGGAACGAGCCGAGUCAUUGACUGUGCAAGGUGAUAGGCUUUACGUGGGCACAAGUACUGGGAAUCUGCAUAUAUACGCUCUCGAUACCGUUGCCGGCGGCACGAAUCAAAUAGCUAAUCUUGUAGAGACAACGAAGGCCCUCAGUCGCAGAGCUCUUGAACAAUUGGGCUACAUCAAGGACGUGAACGCUCUCGUCGUGCUGUCUGACUCUGUUGUCACACUAUAUACCCUUCCAACAUUGUCUUUCCCCACGCCGCUGGCAAAGACAAAAGGAGCACUAUCAUUCGCCAUAUACACCGGGGUCGUGGAUACUGGACCGAGUGACAAGUCUCAACCGUUAACAGAAGGAGCGUCUGGAAAGGCGAAGGAAAUUCCCACUGUGGUAACCCAUCUCGCAAUUGGCUGCAAGAGAAAGAUCGUGCAGUACUCAUGGAGAGAUGGGGAGCCGCAGGAAGUGCAGGAAACAUCGCUUCCUCAUUCACCACGAGGAAUUGCUUUUUUGGGACAUGAUGCUAUUUGUUUCGGCUAUGGCUCUUCUCUGUCAGAAUAUGCCGUUUUCUCCUUCAAGAACUCUUACAUGGUUGAGGUCGUCAUGCCCGUGUCCAAUGCCAUCUCAGGCGCAGCAAUCAGCAACAUGAGCAUGGGUGCAUUGAGCGGUCUUGGUGGAUACAUGAGGUUAGGUGCGAAGGCGAAGCCAUGCGUAGUCAGCAUCAACGACCAGGAAGCACUAGUUGCGAACAACAAUAAUGGCAUCUUUGUUGGCGUCGAGGCUAAGGCCACAAGAAGCGCUCAUAUAGAUUGGCCUGCGCCUCCCGACGAAUUAGCCUUCCUCAAGCCAUAUAUUUUCUCGCUACUGCCUUCUGGUUCCGUGCCUAUGUCUCAAAUUGCCGGACGCUCUGAAUUAACGCCUUCGCAGCCCUCAUUCGUUCCUUCGCCCGUUGUGGAGAUUCGUUCUUCUCUCUCAUCAUCUCUCGUACAGAUGCUACCCUUCCCUCCUGUACAUGAUGAAUCCUCGCAGACGCAGCACAUCGUGCGCUUGCUGACCUCGUCGCCCGCGGCGAAAUCAUCUGUGUUCCUCAUGACAGCCCCUGCGGACCGUUCUACCGCUACGGCAGUGGGGAGUACAAUAUGGCAAUUCCGGAUGAAACCCUGGAGCGAGCAGAUCGACGAACUUGUGGAGGCUGGCUCGUAUUCUGAUGCCUUAGCACUUGUGAACUCCAUUGAUGAUGCUUUGCUUCCGGAUAAGGAGCCCAGACAACGACAAAUCAGAGCAUUACACGCGGUAUCUCAAUUCCGAUCCGGCGAGUACGACGCCGCAAUCAAUGCCUUUAUUGAUCUGGACAUAAAUCCAGCAAAGGUGAUUGCUCUGUACCCUGGGAAUAUAGCAGGAAGACUGUCCGUACCUCAAGACGACUGGAUUGAGCUAUUCGGCGGCCCAGCGAAACCCGCCCCGCCGGAGCUGCCAUCAGUAAAGCAGCAAGCGGAAGGACAUGAGGAACCUUCUCCAUCGCGGGAAAGUCCUCCCAAUCAGCCAUCUCCUCAUGGCUCUAUUACUAUUGUCACAACGCUAAGGGCUGGCCUAGAAGCAACUAUGUCUCCUACUCGGGCUAGAGAUGUAGAAACGGCUUCAACAGUCAGUAAGCGAAAAGAACGGCCGAAAGACACAUUUCAUAAGUCCGUCGAGACCCUGAUGCGCUACCUUUCCGACCGUCGUCCUAAAGUAUCAGGGGCAUUGGAAGCGCUUGGCAUUACUUCCGCGCAGUCACAUCAAAUGUCUACUCUGUCCUCGGCUUCUAUCGAGGACCUAUUCAGUCAACCAAAUGUGCCCCUCUCUGCUUUGACACCGGAGGAGCUCGUGCGCUUCGCUCAGAUAGUGGACACAGCGCUCUUCAAGUCGUACCUACUGGUACGGCCAGGACUACUCGCGCCAUUAUGCAGAGUGGGUAACUGGUGUGAGGUGUCAGAAGUCGAGGAAGUCCUCCGUGCCCAUGAGAAAUACUCUGAGUUGAUAUUCUUAUAUAACGGCAAGAAGAUGCAUACCAAGGCAUUGAAUCUAUUACGAGAAUUGAGCGAGAAAGAGACCGACAUGAGAGAGAAGUUGACGCCUUCAGUUAAUUAUCUACAGCGUCUCGGUCCAGAGUAUCUGGAGGAGAUUUUUUCGUCAGCUCGCUGGAUCUUCGAACAAGACGCGGACAUUGCGUUCGAGAUUUUCACUUCGGAAGAGGUUGAGCUUCCACGGCAGCAAGUAGUGGGUUAUCUAGAGAAGAUAGAUCCUCAAAUCGCUGCUCGCUAUAUCGAAUAUCUUAUUAAAGAACGUGGGGAAGUGGCUUCUUCGUUCCAUGAUCGGCUGGCGGAGAUUUAUCUGCGAAUGACGCAGACCGCAAAGCAGGAGAGCGAUGAAGCGCUUCGUCAAAGCAUAUAUUCCAAGUUAUUGCAUUUCAUCGACACCACAAAUUACUACCAUACCGAUCGGCUGUAUGCAAUCUUACCUUCUGAAGGUUUUGACGAAGCAAAAGCAGUUUUAUUGGGAAAGCUGGGCCGGCAUGACAACGCCUUGGAAAUCUACGUUUAUCGCUUGCAGGACUUCCACAGUGCCGAGGAGUAUUGCAAACGGGUCUAUCGACCGGACACUGAGACCAGCAACAUCUUCCUCACCCUUCUGCGGAUCUAUCUACAACCCACUCAGCCGUCAAAGUCACCCUCAACGAACCUCUUGCAGCCUGCUCUGGAGCUGAUCAGCAGACAUAGCCCGCGCCUAGAUCCUGCGGAGACCUUAAACCUUCUUCCACCUCUGGUAACAGCACAAGACGUAGAAGCGUUCCUCUGUGAAGCCCUUCGCGCGCCUAUUUUUGAUACAAGAGUUAUUCGGGGGAUCGCUAAGGCAAGACAAGACGAGGUGGCCAGGAAACUAAUGUACCUCGAGACCAGGAGAGUCAAAGUCACAGACAGCCGAAUAUGUCCGCAGUGCCACAAACGCAUUGGACACAGCGUCAUUGCUGUUCACACACCUCGCGGCGAGGUUACACAUUAUCAAUGCAGAGAGGCGUUCUCGCGCAAACUCAAGGAGACAAGGGUGUAGUUGGCAUUAUCACUUAUUCAUGUGUCCUUCGGUGAUUUUGUGGACUUGUAGUAAAUCAUGCUGGUUAUCCGGAACGGAAUGGAAUAGCGAAAGGAAUAUUCAGCUUCAAUUUCCUAA